AUGGAUGGCGAUGAUGGCUUCGACUACUUAUUCAAAAUUGUUCUUAUCGGAGAUAUGGGUGUAGGCAAAACUUGUGUUGUUCAACGAUUUCGAAAUGGUACCUACGUAGACAGGCAAGGAACAACAAUUGGUGUUGACUUUACAAUGAAAACCCUUGUCAUAGAUGGAAAGCGCGUGAAAUUGCAAAUCUGGGAUACUGGUGGUCAAGAGCGUUUCCGAACAAUUACCCAGUCUUAUUAUCGGUCAGCUAAUGGCAUUGUUCUUUGCUAUGACAUAACGUGCAAACAGUCUUUCAACAGUCUGCAAAGGUGGAUAGACGAUGUCUCCAAAUUUGCGGCCCCAAAUGUCGUAAAAUUACUUGUUGCAACGAAAUGUGAUUUGGAAGAACAGAGAGUUGUUGAGAGGGAAGAAGGUGAAAUAGUUCAAAGGGCAAAUGGAAUGUUUGCAAUGGUUGAGACUAGUGCGAAGAGUAACGUCAAUGUCGACGCUGCAUUUCUAGAGCUGGCAACAAUUUUGAAACGACAUUACGAUCAGGGUGUGCAUCACGACACCACUAGUAAUGAUACGUUUCGACUGGGUGCGAGAGGCACGACGCCCAUUGGAUCCACAUGGCAACAAUGCUGCCAGUGGAUGACGGAUCUAUUGUUGGAUCCAGCAAUCCGUACUUGGGUAUUUUUACCUAUAGUUGUUAUCACAUUUAUGAUUGGCGUGCUGCGACAUUAUGUUUCACUAUUGUUAAUGAGCAAGAAAAAGGUUGAACUCGAAAAUGUUGCGGAUGGACAAUAUUUGCUACGCUCUAGGCUUCUGAGAGAGAAUGGCAGAUUUCUUCCAAGGUCUUCCUUCAAUGCUCGCAGAAAUUUUCUUUCUGCUGAAGAUCAUGGUUAUCUUUCCAAGGCGAUGCAACGGCCAAGCAAGGGACCAAACCCAAUGGAUCCAAGUCAAGUGACAGAAAUGCUGAAGGGAAAUAUGAUGAAUAUGAUUCCCAUGAUUGUCGUGGGAGGUUGGAUCAACUGGACGUUUUCUGGCUUUGUUACUACACGGGUGCCAUUUCCACUUACACUGAAGUUCAAAGCCAUGUUACAGCGAGGAGUGGAUCUUGUAUCGCUCGACUCAGCGUGGGUCUCGUCAGCUUCAUGGUACUUCCUUUGUAUGUUCGGACUUAGAUCAAUUUACACACUCAUAUUAGGAGAAGAAAACGCAGCAGAUCAGUCCAAAGCAAUGGAAGAUCAGAUGACCGGAGCAGCCAUGUCACCGCAACAAGAUCCAAAAGCAGCUUUCAAAGCUGAGUGGGAAGCGCUGCAAAUGUAUCAACAUCAGUUCGCCCUUUGAGUACUGCGAUCUCUGAGUACAAGUUAUCUUUUCUUUUCCUUUGCUAAUGUUGUGGUUUUUGAGGACAAAGGUGCAUUUGCAGUCUGUUUCAUUUGCUACAGAAAAUGGCUGUGAAUUCCACAACUCCAAGCGAAACUGUAUGAGGUUGUAGUUUUUUUUUUGAGAGCAGGUAGUCGCUAUUAUCUUACUAUCCUAUCCCUUCUGAACUAGCUACACUCAAAAAUUGAAUGCUUUCAUACAAAAGUUACAUCUUGUAAGGUCGCUCCAUGACCAUUUUCUACGCCAAAUGAAGCUGAGUGCAAAUGCAUCGUACUCUGAAAAUCGACCAGAUUAAAAAUGACUGGUAAGAGUAUACAAUUGUCUUUCUCUCUGUUGGUAUCGACUUAACUUGAAGAGUCUAUUUAUUGUGCGAUAACUAUCUCAUCUUUUUGACAGGAUAAAAAUAUUACUGGCCGCACUUUUGGUAUCUAUACAGCGAAAUCCAACAGAACGCUUGGUAAAAUUCGUAGUAAAUCCGCAGCCACGACCACUGAAUGUCCGUCCUGCUGUCCACGUUGUGCUGCUCGUAGUAGCGUUUCCUACAUGGCUGAGUAAGAUUUACUACAGUAGGAC